AUGGUCAACCCAUUCGUCAUUGCCGCCGCCGCCUCGGCCGGCGUAGGCGCCGCCGUCGCCUUCGAGUUUGGCGUCUUCCGGCCCUGGAGGGAGGACAACUGGCCCCACGGCAUCCGCCAAGGCAUCAAGGUCGAGCUCGAAAAGCUGCGUCGCGAGCUGCAGGAGGGCGUCGACGAGAUCCGCGACGACAUCCGCGACGGCAUCCGCGGACGCAGGUCGCCCCGCCGCGGCAACUCGGACCGCCUCAGCGACGCCGAGCUCGACGAGUUCCGCCACAGCCCGCGAGGACAUCGUAGCCAGUAUCGCGAUGGAUCUGCGAUUACUCACGCGGAAGAAGAGCAGAUGACUAGGGGUCUCGUUGGCCGAGGUCGCCGCUCAAGCUCUUCCGAGACGCUGCGCAGCGAGUUUGAGAUGCACGAGAGGCAGUCGUCGGCCUAUCGCGCCCAUCUCGCUGCCUCGAUGGGCUAUGCCAAGUCGACCGGCGUCGACGACCAGCACCAGACCGCACUGCGAAGACGCAACGCCCCCAACGGCGCCCUGGUGUCAACUGCGAACAGCUCCGAAGAGGCACGGUCUGCGGGCCCCGCCACCGCCACCGACCUCCUUGCCUCGCCCGAGCUGCCGCACCACGCCCUCGGCGACGCUUCGCCGACCAUGACCGACACGGCCUCGCUCGCUCGCACCGCCGGCGACGACGAGGCCGACGACGACGACGACCGCAACAGCAUCCGCGGCAGCGGCAGCGGUGACAGGACGCCGCUCUCUGCCAGCUCGCCCCGCACUGCCUACUCGAUCCUCUCUGCAGCGCCGCGUCCGCCCCUGGUCGCAGACCCCUUUGGUGAUCCCGAGGGUGUCGGCGACAUGGCCGUGUCGUCGUGGCAGGCUGUCUUUGACCUGGGCGGACGGUCUCAGCAGCCUGACUCCACCUCCGACGCCGAGGCCGGCCAAGACGCCUGGGGCAACGCCUCGAGGAGCAACAUCUUGAGCAGCCAUAGCUUCACGGAGGCAUGCGCGGCCUCUCAUGGCCCCGCGCGUUCGCUCAUCGACCUCGACCACGACGAGGACGACGGGUCAGCGAGACCAAUCAGCCCUGCGAUGUCCCAAGGCACUCGCGCCGGAACCUCGCCGACCGUCGGCGACGACGACUUCAUCGGCGUCGAGGACAGCGACACAGCCGAGAGCGCGCCGUCGGGCAUGGAACGCAGCAGCGUCGACGCCGACGACGGGCGGCUCGAGUACCGAUCCCUCUCGCUCUACCUCGAUGCGCAGCAGUCGGGGGAGCUGACCAACGCCGCCGCUGCUGCCGCCUCUGGUGCGGCCUCGCCCGCGCUGACGGCCACGUCUGGCGUUGUCUCGGUGGCGGGGCGGAGCGAUCUGCUGAGCGACGGCGAGACGUGGCUGCCGCUCGAGGCGUCGCCGGCCGGCGUGGGUGCGACGGCGAGGCUGGCCGCCGAUAGCGACGACGAGAGCUGGGCCGAGCUGGGCCAGUCUGAUUCGGACUGA